AUGUCUUUAUCGAAGAAUAAAAGCUUAUUACAAAAGAUUACACUCAAAUUAGAGUGCAGAAAACAACCAAACAAGAAAAUGCCUGUCUCCGUCUCAAAAAGACGACCAAGACCAUCCAAAAAAACCGAAACAGAAAAAGCCGAGAAAACACUUAAAGAUCCUCGUACUUGCUGUAGUAACAUUUGUUCGAUCUUCUCUAGAUCAGUUCUUUAUCGUGUACCUCUCACAAUUCUCUUUCUCUUCUUCAUUUAUCUUUGGUCAACUUCCACGACUGUUAUCUCUGGUAAUGUCGUUCACAUUUGUAUCUCUUCGCGGAAGCUCAAUGAUCUUUAUUGUCUCACUGCCGGUUCUCAACCGGCUUUACGUGUACCUGUCAAUAAUUUCACUAAACCGGUUAGUGAAGAUGUGGUAAGAAGUAACGAAGAGAAGAAUGUACUUGUUCUUGAUCAAGAUGGAGACAAGGAUUUCGCAAAAUAUGAAACGUUCACGGGAGAAAGAUAUUUAGACAAAUCUAUGGUUGGAACAAGCCUCAACGUCUUGAAGAAUGAUACUUUCACCGGAGAAAGAGUUUCCGUUCUUGAUCAAGAUUCUAAAUCCAUCCAUGAGGAGAAUCUUGGCUCCGUUCUUGAUCAAGAUUAUUCACCCAAAAGCGAGAUAGAUCAAGAGCUCCUCGUUGAUUGGGAUCCAGAAACGGGCGAAGAACGAUACCGAUAUUUCAAAUCAAAGGAUGAAGACGAGGAAACCGCUCUAAAAGCCGUUGAAAAGUAUCUACAAAUACAAAGAUCUUGGUUAUCGACGGGAAGCAACCGCGAAAAGCCGGGAUCUUGCGAAGGAAAAGGAGUUUAUGUUUAUGAUUUACCGUCUAAGUUCAACAAAGAUUUGUUGGGCGAAUGCUCCGAUAUGGUUCCAUGGGCCAAUUUUUGCAGCUACUUCAAGAACGAUGCGUUUGGUGAAUUAAUUGAGAAUCUUGGUAAAGGCUGGUUCAGAACUCAUCAGUACUCCCUUGAGCCGAUCUUUCACUCUAGAGUUUUAAAGCAUCCAUGCAGGGUUUAUGAUGAAAGCCAAGCGAAGCUCUUCUACGUGCCUUUCUAUGGUGGAAUCGAUGUUUUGAGAUGGCAUUUCAAGAACGUCUCCGAGGAUGUGAAGGAUGUUUUGGCGAUCGAGGUUGUCAAAUGGCUCGCAUCGAAAGAAUCAUGGAGGAAAAACGCGGGGAAAGAUCAUGUUUUUGUUCUCGGAAAAAUCUCUUGGGAUUUUAGGAGGAACAAUAAGUUUUCGUGGGGAUCAAGCUUACUUGAGAUGCAAGAAAUGAAAAACCCUACAAAGCUUCUCAUCGAACGUCAUCCAUGGGAAGCUAACGACAUUGCUAUACCUCAUCCCACAUACUUCCACCCAAAAACCGACGACGAUAUCGCCACCUGGCAAAACAAGAUCAUCGGAAAAUCUCGUAAGAGCCUAAUCAGUUUCGCCGGAGGAGCAAGACCAGGUAAACCUGAUAGCAUCCGGUCAAUAUUGAUUGACCAAUGCACAUCGUCUCCAAACCAAUGCCGGUUUUUAAACUGUACCGACGGAGGCUGCGACAAACCGGAAUCGGUUAUCGAGCUCUUCCGAGAUUCAGAGUUCUGCCUCCAACCACCUGGAGACAGUCCGACAAGGAAAUCGAUAUUCGACUCCCUAAUAUCCGGUUGUAUUCCGGUGAUCUUUGAUCCGUACAGCGCGUAUUAUCAGUACACGUGGCAUUUACCGGAAGAUCACCGGAGGUAUUCAGUGUACAUAAACAAAGAAGAUGUGAAGAAGGUAAAGAGAGUGAAUGUGAUCGAGAAGUUGAUGUCAAAGACUCUAAGGGAAAGAGAGGAUAUGAGGAGUUACAUUGUACAUGAGCUUUUGCCUGGUUUGGUCUAUGGAGAUUCUAAUGCCAAGUUUGAGAGGUUUCGAGAUGCUUUUGAUAUUACUAUGGAUAGUUUACUCCGUAAGAUUGCAAAAACUGUAUAACGUUCAUUUUCU